AUGUCCCACUCCCAACCAACCAUCACAACACCGAUUGCAUCUAACCGUCCACAAACCACACCCAACCCAACAAUCGCACCUAGCAGCCCUACCACAACUGGUCCACAAGAACUGCGCAUUGCUGGAGAUGAAUUAGGCCCACACACAUCGGCCAAGCUGAACAACGGCUUCAUUCGAGAGGAGUUCAUCGACUUCAUCAGCAAAGGCUUUUGGACAGUCUUGCCAUAUUCCAUUGUCAAGAAUCUACCCAAUCUACGCCUCAACCCCCUCGGGAGCGUUCCACAACACGACCGACGAGAUCGGCUCAUUGUUGACCUCUCAUUCUACUUCACCAAUCAAGAAUGCCUACCAGUGGCUCCAUCUGAAUCCAUGCAGUUUGGACGCACUUUGCAACGCAUACUACAGAGAAUCUUACUGUCAGACCCUAGCUUUGGACCAGUCUACCUGUCCAAGAUCGAUAUUGCCAAUGGCUUCUACUGGAUCCAGCUGUCUGCUCGCCAUAUACCAAAAUUAGCUGUUCUCCUACCGCAAGCACCAGGAGAGGAACCAAUGGUCGCCUUCCCUAUGGUGCUACCCAUGGGAUGGGUCAAUAGCCCACCAUAUUUUUCGGCUGCAACCGAAACUGCAGCGGACCUAAUGAAUCGUCGGCUACAACGCAACCAGAAAGAACCACCACAUCGAUUGGAGAACAUUGCCAUUCAUGCCAAACCCACGGUGGCUCAUGUUCCAACAAGUGCGACACCCACUCCAGUCACCCUGGCAGUGCCGGCAACCACACCACAUCAUCCACACUACAAACGCCCCAUGAAAUAUGCCGAUAUCUACGUGGACAACUUCAUUGCUGCGGUCCAAGGAGAUGAACCGACUCGUCGCAAUGCAAUGAGGACUUUGCUCCAUGUGCUGGACUCCGUCUUUCGACCACUGUCACCAUCUGACCAUCCACACCAACAGGAACCAGCAUCAUUGAAGAAGCUUAAGAAAGGUGACGGAAACUGGAGUACCCUGAAGACAGUUCUAGGUUGGGUAAUCGAUACGGUCGCCCAAACAAUCACACUAGUACCACAACGAAGACAAGAAGGACUGGAUGCCAUCCUUGCCGCCAUAUCCCUGACACAAAGGAGAAUAAGCGUCGAGCUGUGGCACAAGUUCUUAGGCGAACUACGCUCCAUGGUCAUUGGCAUACCCGGCGCGCGUGGCUUGUUCAGUACCCUUCAACAUGCCUUCAAAACGGAAUCAAAGAAGCGACUGAGGCUUACCAAGAACGAGCACCACUUCAUCAAUGACUUUCGCACCCUGGCGGCCACCUUGCCACACCGCCCAACCCGAAUUACGGAACUGGUCCCACGAAAACCCUCAGUUGUUGGUACUACGGAUGCGGCCGUCGCAGGAAUGGGAGGCAUUGCAUUCAUCAACACAACAGAUGGCGUGGAAGCUAUUGUAUGGAGAGCGCCGUUUGACGCUGACAUUCGAAAACGGCUGGUCUCCUUCCAAAAUCCCACUGGCGAUAUUACGAAUAGCGACCUAGAGUUGGCUGCAACAGUGACCCAUCAUGAUGUCCUCACUACAAACUUUGAUCUCCGCGAGCACACCAUCCAAUCCUCACACGACAACACCCCUGCAGAAGCCUGGCAGCACAAAGGUUCCACUACAACCUUAGGCCCGGCUGCCUCACUCCUACGAGUCCAAUCACACCACCAACGUCACUUCCGUUAUGUACCACUCCACAAUUUUCUUCCCGGAUUCCUCAAUCGCAUGAGUGAUGAUGCUUCCCGCCUGUGGCACCUCACAGAUUCCGAACUCCUUGCUCACUUCAACUCUACUUAUCCACAGAUCAAGUCCUGGCAAAUGCUCCAUGUGCGGCCCGCGAUGCUUUCUACCGUGAUCUCCGGAUUAGUCGACAAACCGUGCAACGUGGCGUCGUUAAAGGAUUUCAACAACGCACCAACGCCCAAUGGAAUCUUUGGCUCGAAUACUGCUCGGACCUUUGCAUCGACCCAUUGCUCCCAUACAGUGAUCCCGUUCCAUUUCUCCAAAAUUUUGCGACGCAAUAUCGACGACGUAAAGGCCCCUCCAGUGACCCCGUACGAGCUGGCACAGUGUCAGGCGCGAUCCGUUCGGUGGGCCAGACGAUGGCCAGCAUGGGGUCCAAGGACUGCCGAUCCUCCACCAAAUCGAGUUAAACCAAUUCCGAUCAGCCUCAUCCGCCGGAUCGCCAAUCUCAGUGCCGACGGCAGCGCAAAGCACAAAGCGGUUGCCGAUAUGAUCAUUGUCGCUUUCUUUUUCCUUCUCCGACCCGGCGAAUACACAGGUACAGAGAACGAUGACACCCCAUUCCGCUUCCAGGAUAUCCAGCUCUGCAUUGGCCAAAUUGUCAUCCCCUUGCUCACCUCGACAGACGCACAACUCUGGGCCGCCACUAGCGUCUCUCUUACUUUCACCACACAAAAGAAUGGCGUCCGGGGCGAGGUUGUCAAUCAUGGAUUAAGCGGCCACAACCUCCUCUGCCCUGUCAGAGCAGUGGUCCGUCAAAUUAUUCAUCUUCGCUCACACCAAGCAACACCAGGGACUAUUCUUGCCACCUACUUUCACAACAAUCGCACUUGCAAAGUACAAGCUAAGGAUAUCACAGCAGUUCUUCGCGAAUCUGCUCGAGUACUCGGUCCUCAGUACAACUUCUCGGAACAAGACGUCAGUGCACGCUCCCUCCGCGCUGGCGGAGCCAUGGCACUCUUCAAUUCACAUGUCGACAGCGACACCAUUUGCCUCAUUGGACGCUGGCAAAGCGACGCCAUGCUCCGCUAUCUCCACCUGCAAGCCCAACCAGUCAUGCAAGGCUUUGCCAGUCGCAUGCUGCGGGGUGGUGACUAUGUCUUUGUUCCCAAUGAAGUUGCUCUCGCCCCGAUGCACUAA